AUGCGGCCACCUGCCUUGUUCCUGCUCAGCACCCUCGCUGCUGCUGCCUCGAACCAGUCCGGCGUGUCUCCAGAAGCCGGCCUCGCCGGUCCAGCGUUCCCAAGACCCUCGUCUCUCCGCGGCAGUGAUGCCCUCGCCUCGGCCAUAGGCGACUUUGACAGAUACGUCGAUGGCUCAGCCCCCAUCCAGUCCAACGAGACGGCAUGGGCGGUGGCCGUCUUCUCGACAAACGACGCAGAGCCGCUGUACGAGAGGUACUACACCCCCGAGUUUGACGUCGGUGUGUCGCAGGUCGACCGAGACUCUGUGUUCCGCAUCGCCAGCGUGUCAAAGGUGUUUAGCGUCUGGUCGUUCCUGCUGGAAGUUGGCGAUGCUCACUUCAACGACCCCAUCACACGCUACGUUCCCGAGCUGGCCGACGUGGUCAACGAGACGACGGCCGAUGGGGUGGUAUACGAUGACAUUGAUCACGUCCGGUGGGAAGAAGUCACAUUGGGUCAGCUCGCUGGUCAACUGGCAGGGAUUCCGCGAGACCCCGCGCAAACCGAUCUCUCUGCUCAAUAUCCCCCAGAGCAGGCCAUGGCCCUUGGACUUCCGCCUCUUUCCGACGAGGAGAUCCCGAAGUGUGGCGUCCCCGGCCUUCUAAGGUCGUGCACGCGCAGUGAAAUGAUCUCUCAGCUACUCAAGCAGCACCCCGUCUUCUCGACUGCACACUCUCCCGCCUACAGCAACGUUGCCUACGCGCUGCUCGGCUUCGCCCAGGAAGCCGCCACCGGAACGCCAGUGGGCGAGGCCAUCAGCGCAGGAAUCAUGUCGGCGCUGGACAUGAGAUCAAGCAGCUACGACAGGGCUCCAGCAUCGGGCGGCGUCGUCCCCGGAGACGCCUCUGCCGUCGGGUGGGACUUUGACCUGGGCACCACCAGCCCGUCGGGGGCUCUCUACAGCUCCACGGGCGACAUGGUCAAGGCCGGGCAGGCCAUCCUCGGGUCCAAGACCAUGAAGCCGGCGCAGACGCGACGGUGGCUGAAGCCCAUGAGCCAGACGGGGGUCCUGGGCAGCGCCGUCGGGGCGCCGUGGGAGAUCCGGCACCUCGUGCUCGGCGGCCGCGUCGCUCAGCUGUACACCAAGCAGGGCGACAUUGGCGGCUACCGUGCCGCGUUUGUGCUCUCGCCUGAGCACGACCUCGGCGCCAUAAUCUUCUCGGCCGGCCCGCUCGGUUCCAACUCGGCCGUGGUCAGAGAGACGCUCAUGAACGCCGUCGGCGACGUCUUUCUCCCCAUGGCAGAAGACCAGGCCAGGCUGGAGGCGCGCAGGAACCUCGCCGGCGUGUACACGGACGUGGAAACAAACAGCUCCGUCACCAUCGUGGUUGAUGAUUCCACGACCGGGCUGGCAGUCAAAAGCCUCUUCUCGCGCGGAAUCGAAAUCAUUGGCGACAAUAGCCCCUUUAUCAGCAUGUUCCAGGCCGGGCGGUCCGCACGUCUCUUUCCAUCCAACCUGCAGACCCUACAUCAAAAGACGGGUGGGGAGGGGACAUUUGUCUCGAGGCUGGGCUUCAGAGCUUCCUUCUUCAACGCCACCGGGGACGCAAAUGCAGUGCAAGACCCAGGGUUGAUGCAAUGGACAAGCCUUGGAGCUCCGACGUAUGGAGCAAGGACUUUGGACGAUUGGGUUUUUGAACUAAACGAAGAUGGGACGGCGAAAGUCGUUGAUGUAAGAAUGUUGAGGUUAAGGAUGGAAAGGGGGAGGGAAUGAAUCAGAUUGAGUUGAUGUGAUGGGUUUUCAAUUUGCAAAGAUUGACCAAGACCAAAAACGUACAACAUCACCAAGGAUUCCCCGGUGGUCACAGCGCUCAAUAUAACCACUAAAAUGAUAAAUCUGUAGUCCGUUAAACGCCUCUAUAGGUAGGACAAGAUGAGGAGCCGAUCAGUGCCCAAAGAAUCUAACCCAGCCUAAAUUUCCGCGACUCCAAGCUGUGGAAAGUUA